AUGACAAAAAUCAAGCACACGACUCCACAAAAUUCAUCGACAGCGACAAAAAAAGAGAAGACAGCAUCGGCGGUCAAUGCUAAGAAAAAGGGCACAGAUCUCAAGUUAGAUCGAUGGUUUCUAACGCAUUUCUCGGUGCCGUGUCCCUACGAUGGAUUUCGAGCCGAAUUCGAGGCGCUCAACGAUUCGGAGAACCCGUGGAUGGAAGAAAACAAGAAGAAAAACCCGUACAUCGCUUGGAACAUUGUCGGCGGAGAGACGAAAACGUUAAAGGUUAAUGCUCAGAAGAUCCCUUGUCCGAAUGGAGGCUCCGGAUUUAUCGCAUGUGAGGGUCCCACUUUGACCAGUGUCUACGAUUUUUGGACGCUUGUUUAUCAGGAGAAAGUCGAUAAAGUGCUUAGCUUGAAUUUCCCCUUUGAGGAGCGCUACUAUCCAAACAAUUACUCAGCCGAACACGAGACGAUUCGAUAUUGGCCAACGGAAGCGGGAGAGGUUCUCUACUUUAUGCCUUACAAAGUUACAUGUCUUUCAAGUGUUUUCAAGUAUGCACCAAACGAGAUGUCAGUCGACAACAAGAACACGAUCUACCGCCUUUCUCGUCUCAUACUCACGUUCAUCAACCCAGUGACCGGUCCGAUGCCAGAUAGUGUACGUGAAGUUGUGCAUGUGUGCUAUUUGCGUUGGCCCGAUGGGCGCAUUCCAAUGCCGUGGCCGCCCGACAACGACACUUUUUCCGAGGCUGGUCUUCGACUGCUCGACACCAUAACUGAGGAACUCAAACCAGAGACUGGCGGUCCUUCACUCGUUCACUGUCACGCUGGACUUGGUCGUACUGGAGCUGCCAUUGCUUUGGUUCAAUGCCUUCACCAGUAUCAACUGAGCUCAACUGUCAAUAUUUGGGGAUGCGUCGAGAGGAUGCGUGAGUUCCGUUCUCGGAUGGUGAUGAAUCACUGGCAAUACGCGUUUAUAAAUCUUGUUUUCGCUGAAAAGAUGCUCUCGAUUGGUCACCUUACGGCUUACUGUGGUGGAUAUGAUGUUCGAGCACUUUUGAGAAGCACUUGGAAACGAUUGGAGAGUGAAUUGAAUCGAGCUUUCGAAGGCCAACCACCGCUCCAAAUGUUCGAGGCUGAGACGGUUCAAUGGAAAAUCUUUGCUGAGCAACUUUCAUCGAGCAAGGCCUAUCAAUUGGAGAGUUGUCAAGAGGAGGAAACAAUCGUCGAGUUAGGA